AUGUCCUCAGCUCGACUUUUAUCCCGGGUAUCUCCAGUCUUUCUACGCAACCAGAGUCGACGUCCACUCACAAGUCCACUUCCCCCUCAAGCAACAAGAAGUAUGGCGUCCUCGGCCCGUGUAGCGGCUCAUGAGAUCCCCAGCAUCCAUGACCUCUACAACAAGGGCCUACUCCCCAAAGAGCAUUUCUGGCAGCAAGAGUCCAAGCAGACGCUCCCCGUUGUCGUCAACGAUGGCCCUGACGACUUCCCUGUCCCGUCGCCAGAGCUCAACAAGCGCAUUGCCAUCCACACCGGAGACAUCACGAAGCUCCACAUCGACGCCAUUGUCAACGCCGCCAACAACUCGCUCCUUGGUGGCGGAGGCGUCGACGGCGCCAUCCAUCGCGCUGCCGGCCCCCAGCUGCUAAGAGAGUGCCGCACCAAGCGUACAUGUGACACGGGUGACGCCGUCAUGACUGAAGCCUACAACUUGCCCUGCGCCAAGGUCAUCCACACGGUCGGCCCCGUCUAUUCAGGAGUUAACCACGACGAGUGUGAGAAACUACUGAUCUCUUGCUACCUGCGCUCUCUCCAGAUAGCAGCAGAGACUGGACUUACUACCAUCGCUUUUCCCUCCAUCAGCACCGGUGUCUACGGCUACCCGAGUAAAGAGGCGGCUCAGGCGGCUCUCGCUGCCAUUCGUCAUUUCUUGACAGAUCCCAAAACACGAAACGCCAUCACAAAGGUCAUCAUUGUCACCUUCGUCGAUAAGGACACGCGUGCCUAUACAGAAUGGCUACCGUGA